AUGGUUAUCGACGUACAUUUGGUUGCAUUAGCAGUACUUGCCAUCAUUAACACAGGCUUAGGUGUUAGUAUACAAACAACAAGCAGUCUGGAUGGUGAAGAAUCAUAUGAAUGUGGCAGGAAUAUAACAUUAUCCUGUAUGUUUAAGAAGAACACAUCUGUCAUUGUAUGGGGGAAGGCAAACAGUAUUUUACGAAUUGCUCGAUGUGAUAAAACUACUUGUACUUUAAAUCCUGCUUACAUUGGCCUGUACAGUAUUUCAUUCGACAUGACGCAGGGCAUUUUCAACUUGACAAUUAUUAAGGUGACCGCGGAAGAAAACGGAACAAAGCUAAUUUGUUCAGAUGGAUCUCAUAGUGAUUCUUACAUUUUAAGAGUCUAUGACCCAGCUGUCAUUAUACCUAAAACAGACAGUCUUGGUGACACAAUUCAAGCUGAAUGUGGUAGAAGUCUGUCGUUAUCGUGCAAGUUUAGGAAGAACACAUUUGCAAUUGUAUGGAAGUUCUCGGACGAUAUUUUACCAAUAGCAAAAUGUCAACAAAACAAUUGCAGUUUAAAUCCCAAUUUUGUUGGACAGUUCUAUUAUUUUCUCGAUAAGACACGAUGCAUGUUUACGCAGAAAAUAAUAAAGGUGACUAACAAAUACAACGAAAGAAAGUUAGUGUGUUCAGAUGGUACUCAUAGCGACUUUCAAAUUAUAAAAGUAGGGG